AUACGAUGAAAUGAAUCAAUCAAUAAUUCUUUUUUUUCAAGAGAGAGAGAGAGAGAGGAGCAUGAGAUGCACGUGCAAAGGGAAUGGAAAAGAAGUUGUGAUGUGCAUUUAAGUAGUUUAUACUUUGAGACCUCUUUGAAACCGAGAGAGAGAGAGAGAGAUGAGUAGUAGUAGCAUUGGGAGGGUGAGAUUGGCAACAUUAUCAGAAGAACCCAUUGAUGAAGAUGGAGAGUACAAGCAUCAUAGCAUAUGGUACACAUCAUCAAAGAAAGCACAAACAUGGCUCAAAACCUAUUUCUCUUUGCCCCAUAAACACAAACCCAACAAUUAUCUCAAUGUUCUUUUAAGUGUCUUGGGCUGCCCUUUGUUUCCAGUCUCCCAACUACCCCCACAAUCCUCUUUUUCUCAGGUUUCAUCGUCGUCACAAUACAUAAUACAACACUUCAUAGCAGCCACGGGUUGCCGGAAACUAGAAGGAACAGUAAGAAACAUGUAUGUCACAGGAAAAGUUACAAUGGCCAUGGUGGAUGAACUCAGCUCAAACGGGUCAACGACCAUUAGUAAUAUCCGAGUGUCACAAAAGGGUUGUUUUGUUAUGUGGCAAAUGGUACCAAACAAAUGGUUAAUUGAACUCGUUGUUGGCGGCCACAAGGUGGUUGCUGGCAGUGAUGGUAACGUUGCUUGGCGGCAUACACCGUGGCUUGGGUCUCAUGCUGCCAAAGGAGGUGUUCGCCCUCUCCGUCGCGCUCUACAGGGCUUAGAUCCUAUGGCAGUGGCAAGUGUGUUUUCUGAAGCACAAUACAUGGGAGAAAAACGAAUCGGGGAUGUCGAUUGCUUCGUGUUAAAGUUAUCAGCAGAUGAUGCUGAUCUGGCGGACCGAAGCGACAGUACUGCAGAGAUGAUUAAGCAUGUAAUGUUUGGUUAUUUUAGCCAAAAAAACGGGUUAUUGGUGAACUUAGAGGACUCUUAUUUAACCAGGGUUCAAGUACCGGGUUCGUUCCCUAUGUACUGGGAAACAUAUAUGGCUACAAAGAUUGAGGACUACCGAAUUGUUGAGGGUGUGAUGAUAGCACAUUCGGGCCAAUCAGACGUGAUAAUCACAAGAUUCGGAGAUAACUUGAGGGCGGGGCCCGUUAUUACAAGGAUGGAAGAGAAGUGGACCAUUGAUGAUCUGGCAUUCAAUGUACCGGGCCUAUCGAUGGAUUGUUUUAUUCCCCCGGAAGAACUACAUAAGGAUUAUACAGAAGAAAAUCAUGAUUGGAGAUCAACUUUGAACGGAUCAUCUUCUUUAUCGAUAUGAUCAAAGUUUACGAUAUCAAUAAAACUGUUUUCUAUCACUGGAAUUGAGCUUAUAACUUUGUAAACUGUGAAUUGUAUGUAUAAUGUAUAUUGUUUUAUAUUUCUUAAUUUGUAGUUUCCAGUUGACUUU